GGUUGCGUUGCGGGCUGGCGGCAGUUCCUGUAGUAGGCCGCGGCGGGGGAAGGAGCGGGCCGGGCCGGACCGGACCGGGCGAUGGCGGCGGUGUAGAGCGGGGCAGAGCGGGGCCGGGCGGGACGCGGCGCCACCAUGAUCAUAGAGAACGUGGACGCCCUGAAAUCCUGGCUGGCCAAGCUGCUGGAGCCGAUAUGUGACGCAGACCCCUCAGCCUUAGCCAACUAUGUUGUGGCAUUAGUCAAGAAAGACAAACCAGAGAAAGAGCUGAAAGCUUUCUGUGCUGAUCAGCUGGAUGUCUUUCUGCAGAAAGAAACUUCAGGUUUUGUAGAUAAACUUUUUGAAAGUCUGUACACAAAGAGUUAUCUUCCUUCUCUUGACCCCGUGAAAGUAGAAGCGAAGCCUGCAGGCCAGGAAAAAGAAGAAGUCAAGGAGGAGUUGUCUCUUAAACAGAACUUUCAAGAGCCAGUUGAAGAAGAGAGGGAUAGCAGGAAAAAGAAGUAUUCCAGUCCACAGAGAAGCCGUGGAGAUUCCAGUGAGCAAAGAUCCAGAGAGAAAAAGAGAGAUGAUGGGAAGUGGAGGGACUACGACAGGUACUACGACAGGAGUGAUGUGUACAGGGAGAAGUCUGGCUGGAGGAGGGGCAGGAGCAAAAGCCGCAGCAAGAGCAGAGGUUUGAGCCGGAGCCGCAGCCGCAGCCGGGGUCGGAGCAAAGACCGGGACGGGAGCAGAAGUGUGGAGCACCGAGAGAGAUCAAAAUUCAAGAGUGAAAGAAAUGAUGUUGAGAGCUCAUAUAAUCCAGUGUCUGCAUCUCCUGGUAAAUCUACUGAACAGUAUUCCUCUGCACAGUCUAUUCCCAGUGCUGUGACUGUAGUUGCACCUGCACACCAUCUGGAGAACACAACGGAGAGCUGGUCCAAUUUCUAUAACAACCACAGCAACCCCAGUUCCUUUGGCAGAAACCCUCCUCCUAAAAGGAGAUGUCGAGAUUAUGAUGAGCGAGGAUUUUGUGUGCUCGGUGAUCUUUGCCAGUUUGAUCAUGGAAAUGAUCCUUUAGUAGUAGAUGAGGUUUCUUUGCCAAGCAUGAUUCCUUUUCCUCCACCACCUCCUGGACUUCCUCCUCCUCCUGGAAUGCUCCUGCCCCCCCUGCCAGGCCCAGCUCGUAACAUGAGGUUGCCAGUUCCACAGCCUCACCCACAGGCACCCCCUCCCGUUGUGCUCCCCGUUCCAAGACCUCCUUUAACACAGUCAAGUUUGAUAAAUAAUCGUGACCAGCCUGGGACAAGUGCAGUGCCCAGCCUUGCACCUGUGGGAGCAAGACUGCCUCCUCCUUUACCCCAGAACCUCCUCUAUACAGUAUCAGAACAUACAUAUGAGCCAGAUGGCUAUAACCCUGAAGCUCCUAGUAUUACCAGUGCUGGGAGAUCCCAGUACCGACAGUUCUUUACAAGAGCACAAACGCAGCGUCCAAAUCUAAUUGGCCUAACAUCUGGGGAGAUGGAUACAAAUCCAAGAGCUGCCAAUAUUAUCAUCCAGACUGAACCUCCCAUUCCCAUCACAAAUAAUAGCAGCAAUGUAACUAGAGUUGUUCUUGAACCAGACAGCAGGAAGAGAUCUCCAAGUAGCAUGGAAUGUCCACCAUUAAAGAAACCCUGGCUGGGAAAGCAAGCAAAUAACAACCAGAACAAGCCAGGAUUUUUGAAAAAGAAUCAGUACACCAACACAAAAUUAGAAGUUCGGAAAAUUCCACCAGAACUGAACAAUAUUACACAGCUCAAUGAACAUUUCAGCAAAUUUGGAACUAUUGUAAAUAUCCAGGUUGCUUUCCAGAAUGAUCCAGAAGCUGCUCUAAUUCAGUACUUAACCAAUGAUGAGGCCAGGAAGGCAAUUUCCAGCACAGAGGCAGUUCUGAACAAUCGGUUUAUAAGGGUUCUGUGGCACAGAGAGAGUGAGCAGCAGCCCCCACUGCAGCAGCAGCAGCAGCAGCAGACACCCCCCCAGUCUCUUCAUCACCAACUUCACCUCCAGCAGCAAGCCCUGACCACAUCUCCAGCUGUAACAAUGCACAGCAACCUCUCCAAGGUGGUGAACAAACCUCUGGCAUCUGGAGCCUAUGUCCUCAACAAAGUCCCCGUGAAACGUCGGCUUGGAGCAGCAGGUGGAAACCAGGCUGAGUUAAGCCAGGCAGGGGCUGUGGUGGAGGACUCCCAGACAUUUCCUACUCCUACAAGCCACUCAAAAAUGGUUUACAGUACUUCUAACCUAAAGACGUCUGUGAAACCUGGUGCAGGGUCUAAACCUCAUGAUGUGCAAGAAGCCUUUAAAAAAAAGCAGGAGGCAAUGAAACUGCAACAAGACAUGAGGAAAAAGAAGCAGGAGAUGUUAGAAAAACAAAUAGAAUGCCAGAAGAUGUUGAUAUCCAAGCUGGAGAAAAACAAGGCCAUGAAACCAGAAGAGAGAGCAGAAAUAAUGAAGACCUUGAAAGAACUAUCAGGAAAAAUAUCUCAGCUAAAGGAUGAAUUAAAAACUUCAUCUACCACCUCUACACCAUCAAAAUUAAAGUCCAAAACAGAGGCCCAAAAGGAACUUUUAGAUGCAGAGCUGGACUUUCACAAGAGGCUCUCUUCUGGAGAAGACACAACGGAGUUACGGAAAAAGCUCAAUCAGUUACAAGUGGAGGCUGCUCGUUUAGGCAUCUUGCCUGUGGGUCGAGGAAAGACAACACCAAGCCAGGGAAGAGGCCGAGGCCGGGGCCGUGGUGGGAGAGGAAGGGGCAUGCUGAACCACAUGGUGGUGGAUCACCGUCCAAAAGCACUGACAGUUGGAGGCUUCAUUGAGGAGGAAAAGGAUGAACUGCUACAGCACUUCUCUAAAUUUGGAGAUAUAGAAGACCUCCAAGAAGAGGAUUCCCCAUUAAGUGUUGUUUUGACUUUUAAAUCCCGCUCAGAAGCUGAGAAUGCUGCUAACCAAGGAUCCCGGUUCAAGGACCGAAGGCUACAGAUAUCAUGGUACAAACCCAAGGUACCCUCUGUGUCUACAGAAAUUGAGGAAGAGGAGUCCAAGGAAGAGGAGACUGAAACCUCAGAUUUAUUUUUGCACGAAGAUGAUGAUGAUGACGACGAAGAUGAGGAUGAAUCCCGUUCUUGGAGAAGAUGAAACUUGAUGUUGAAAUGUAUAAUUUUAGGAAUAUAGUUCAAGCUACAUCUUUUAAAGAUUUAUUUAAGGAAGUUGAUGAGCCAAAAAAAAAGCUUUAUGUUCUUUUCAAACCACAAGAUUUAAAGUGAGCAGAGUUUGGUAUCAAAACAUUUCGGAUGUGGAGCUGUGAUCCCAAGCUAGCCAAAGGCCCAGUAAUGUUUUAUGGAAUUACCAAGCUCACCAGGGUGGUGAUUUUUUUCUAUUUAAGAAGGAUAAAAAAAAAAGAGAGGGGAAAAAAAAUACUAGUAUUUUCUUGUCCUCUUUGUGUGUCACCUGUAUUACCUUGUUUUGGGUUUUUUUAUAAUGUGAUUGGUUUGUUAGUUUCUAAUUGAAAAGAUAUUACAGGUUUUAUUUAGCAAUAUUAUGGGGUUGGGAAAGAUGCAAACUUUCAUUAAAUGUUAUGAAAGAAAAAAAAUUGCCUCAUUUGCUAAUUGUAAAAGGGUAGCAUUUAUUUCAUAUGGAAUCACUUACUGUAGGAAUUACUUGUGGCUAGAUUCAUAAAUCGUUUAUUUCAAUGUAUUUGAAAGCCACAUGGUUUCUGUGUUCUACUGCUUUUUGUGAGAGGAGAUGGAAGAAGCAAUUUAACAGGGUUUUAUGCAGUUCACUCUGUUUCUUCAAAUUCUGCUUCACAGAAAACAACAGCAAUGACACACGUUUGAAUGAAUUUUCACUCACUGUUCAUUUUCCUCUGUAGUUUCUGUGUCAGGUUCCAGUUCAAGUCGGACUGUUUACUGCAUUUCAGUAUUUGUGAGCAUGAAUGUAAUGACUUUCAUACUUUCUCAGAAAGGAAAACAGAUGAACUGUGUCUGCCUGCCAGCCAGGAGAAACUCCUCCUCCUCCUCCUCCUCCUCCUCCUCCUCCUCCUCCUCCUCCUCCUCCUCCUCCUCCUCCUCCUCCUCCUCUUUUCCCUGUUGCCAGCUGUUUGUUGAUGCUCAAACCCAUGCAGGGUUCAGGGCAAAAUGCUCUUUAGCCAGGAGGGUGUCUGUGUCCUGCUCAGGUGUUGAACCUCUGCAGAGGAGUGUUCAGAGCUGGGCCUGGAAGGUCAUCUCUUGAUCUACAAGUGCAGUUUUGUUCAGGGACGUUUAAGAUGAACACCAUUACAUUCUCAGUUGCCUUAUCAUUGUACCUCUUUAAAAACAUCCCCCCUUGCUAACACCCCCCCAGAAAUGGUGUGUGUUGGGAUAGAAGGGAGGACAGCACCUGCAGGUCCUGAGCAUCCACUUCCCUGGACUCUCCCUUUGUACCCUGCACUCCCCAGUGCAUUUGAUGUACAUUGGAUGUACAUUUCUACCCAAAAUAAACAGAAUGUCAGUGCAGAAGUGCUCUCCUCUUCUAAGUAAUUAGUUUGCCACUCUACCUGCCUGCAAGUCCCUGGCUGAAGGAGAACAUUCAUCACAGCCCUUAAAUUCUGAUGAACUUUUGGCUAGUGACAGGUAGCUCACAGCUCUCCUGGCUGAUCCCAAUGAUCCCAAACCAGGAUCAUUCCCUGUCAGCUGAAGGGAGUAUGUCUGCAGUAUUCUGUCUCUUCACAUCAAAACCUCACCUUUUGACUCUAACUAGGUCUUUCCUGCUAACACCCAGGCUAAAUUACAGACCUGGAGGAACCAGGGGAAGCCAGCUGUAUUUGCUUAGCAGAAUGUCUUGCUGUUCUCCCGUCAUCUCUGCUGUUUUCUUUUUAAUGUCUGUGGCUCAGUCAGUGUAUAUUUUGAAAAACCCAUUGCAGCAAACAUAUUUGAGUCCUGGCAGUUUUAAAAAGCGAUAGAGAGGGAACAAAAGGAUUUAUAUAUUUUUUUGUACAGAGUUUUUUCUUAAACUGUAUAAUUUUGUAAAUACCUCGCUUUUUUUGUGUACUAAACUACCAGCGUAUAGAUUUCAAUAAGAACUGUUGUAUUUUUGUAUUUGGAAAAAUGAAAAUUACAGUGAAUGAAUGAAGCUGUAAGAAAAAUUGCAGUAGCCUUUGACACAUGUAGAGUGGGAUUCCUUUUCAUAUGGUUUUAGCCCUAAAGUGACACCUGAUGGCACUGUUCAGGGACACUUGUCCUUGCCCGGACCUGCUGGCUGUUGAGUUGAGCAAGGUAGGAGAGAAGUGAGUGUGGUGGGUUUAUUUAAUGAUUUUUUUUUUCAUACAAUUUCUUUCCCCCCCAGCUCUCUCCUUUACAGUACCUGUUGGCAGGCUCACUCCAUCCCCAGGGGACAUCCCAAACCUGAUUUCUGGGCACUGAGUUCAGCACCGCGCGGCUGUGUGAGUGAUGGGCAGGGCAGCAGAGUGACUGCUGGGCUGCAGGAGCUGGAGGAAAGUCUGGUUGGAAGUGACCUUCAUUUUGCCAAAGCUUAUCAAUCUCACAUUAUUUUAGGGUAUAUUGAACGGGGGGGAGGCGUUCAUUUUUUGUUUGGUUUGGGUUUUUUAGUAGGUGACGUGGCAGUACAGCUCACUCUGGGUUUGUGGCAACGCUUUCAGAGAGAACCCCAGACAAAAAGCUGUGACCAGGGAGGUGACAAACACCCCAGCCCUGGGGUGCUGCCAGCUGCACUCGGGGUGUCAGCAUAGGAAGAGAUGUGAUGAGGAAAGGAGGUAACUUAGGAAGAAUUGUCUCCCUUUCGUUGCUGAAUUAGCCUGUGCAAAAAGAACAAACUCAGGAGCUGAAAAGCUAAAUCUGAAAACAGUUGCCUGCUUAUUGUGGAAAGAAAGUUUUUGUUAACAAAAUCAUGUGAAAAGGAAUGAAGUUCUUCUUGGUGUAUAGUAAAUUGUAUUAUAGUUUUUACAAAUUGUGAACUUGUGUAAUAGUACAAUAGGAGAUGUUGAAUUUCUAACUGUUUAUACAUUUAAAUUCAUAUAUGUAAUGUUUGUUUUAUUGAUUACAAUCUGAAUUUCUAAGAUGCAUGUUGACUUUUUUUGCAAUAAAGAUAUACUUUGGAAUGGUUCAAGAUUUAGAAAAGACAAAGGAAAUUCUAACUUAAAUAAAUUGGACAGCAGAACCAUUCAAAAAUAUUACAACUAC